GAGGUUAUUGUCUAUAGUUUUUAAAGUAAAAAGAUGUCCUCGUGUGUGCGCGUCCCCUUUAAGAGCGGUGGGGUGUGGGCUCAUGAACGCAAAGAGAAACUGACGAGUCAAACUGUUGGUACUUAAAAAUACGAAUAGAUGGACCUCUAAACCAAACACUGAAGAAAUUGACAGUAUCGUCAGCAGGUAGGCGGGGCUUGGGACCUGGAUGCGGUCGUCAUGGUGAAGGAUGUUCCGAAAGGUCAAGAAGCGCCAUAGCAGCAGCAGCUCGCAGAGCAGCGAGAUCAGCACCAAGAGCAAGUCCGUUGAUUCCAGUUUUGGAGGACUCUCCCGAUCAAGCACUGUUGCCAGCCUAGACACAGAUUCCACCAAGAGCUCAGGAAAUGGUACGUCUGAAACCUGUGCGGAAUUCCGUGUGAAGUAUGUGGGAUCAAUUGAGAACUUGGAGUUUGAGAUGAGCAGGAGCCUCCAGGAACCUCUGGAUCUCAUCAACUAUAUAGAUGCAGCUCAGCAAGAUGGAAAACUUCCCUUUGUUCCUGGAGACGAGGAAAUGAUUCUGGGAGUGUCCAAGUAUGGAGUCAAAGUGGCCUCGCUGGACCAGUGUGAUGUGCUGCAUCGACACCCUCUCUACCUGAUCGUGCGCAUGCUGUGCUACGAUGACGGUCUGGGCGCGGGGAAGAACCUCUUGGCUCUGAAAACCACUGACAUCAAACAGGAGGAGUGCAGCAUUUGGGUGUACCAGUGCAGCAGCUCAGAACAGGCUCAGUCCAUCUGCAAGGUGCUGUCCACUUCCUUCGACUGUGCUCUGGUGUCCGAUAAGUCUUGAGGACCGAACGCCUGGCGGAAGUUGCUCAGGAGAAGCUGAAACGGCUGCAAAACUAGCAAUAGAUAUGGUUCUUUGUGGCUGAAACCCUCAUUUCCUAUUUCUUUCAAGUCUUUUCAAACCAUCCUCCAGCUGAGACCGAGCUAAUGUGAACUUUCCUGCAUCACUGAUGGAAUUUAUUUCCUUGCAACACAUAUGCUGGCUUUCUGAGCAAAAAUCCUACAAUCGGUAUCGUCCCUGGUUAGUUUUUGUGGUACACAAUGUUGCAGCUGUCUGGUUGAACUCCUAUUUGAUAAUAUAUUAUAUAUUGCCAAACCUUUAUUUAGAUAAAAUAAAUGGAGGAUAUUAAUCAGAAAAUAUCUACGUGGUAGACGGAUUUAAUUUUAAGGCCCAGAUGCUAUUAUUAUAUUUGUGUGUGUUCCUAGCAGUAUUGGUACAUAAACAGUCACUUUCUGACUUAAAAGAAUGUUACAUAUGAGCUUUACCUGUUCUCUCCUGUACGCAGACAGUUUUCUGGAUUUGUGUGCAACUUUUGAGGGGAAUUUCAUCUACCAAAUACUUGAUUGUUUAUUUUUGUGAUUUUAGUUCCAUUUUCUGACAUCCCCUACGUUCUAAUAAGUUGUUUGCAAAGAUUUGUUUACACUUGUGCUUCUUACUUGUCGUGUUUAAUAAUGGUUGGUUUCCGCCAUCCGUUUGUGAUCCAGAUGUGUAGAAAAAUAUGCAAACUUGUGUGUUUUACUCUGGUACAAUACAGAAAUAAUUUUGAAUAAAAAUCAUGUGUAUUAUUA